UUCCUCGGUCAUUGCGGAAGUGUUUGGAAGACGGUGAAUGUCAUUUGCAACGAUGUGGAUCACGGUGGGAAUAAUUGUAGUGGCUUUGGUUGCAUUUCUUUUCAAAUACGUCUUCGGAACAUCAGGGCCCAAUCCCUUCGAUAUUGACACCCGUGAGCCUCUUAAACCACUGGUCACUGACAAGAAGGUGAAAAACAAAGUUUUAAAACAAGGUUUCUUGGCGAGUAAAGUGCCAGAGAAUCUCGAUGCGAUCGUGAUUGGCAGCGGCGCUGGCGGACUCGGUGUGGCCGUUCUCCUUGCGAAAGUGGGCAAAAAGGUUCUGGUGCUGGAACAGCAUGAUCGAGCUGGAGGUUGCUGUCACACAUUCACCGAAAAAGGCUACGAGUUUGAUGUUGGUAUCCACUACAUCGGCGAUCUUCUGGACCAUAAGCCCUUUCGCUGCAUGCUGGACCAGUUGACCAAUGGACAGCUGCAGUGGGAGCCGCUGGACAACCCUUUCGACCAGGUGGUUAUCGGACCCCCAGAGAACCGCCGUACCUACCCCAUCUACAGCGGCCGCGACCGUUUCCCUCAGGAACUGAAGAAGUGCUUUCCCGGUGAGGAGAAGGCCAUUGACGAGUAUAUGAGGCUGGUCAAGAAAUGUGGGCGUAACGUCUGGGUUGUAGCUAUUCUGAAGCUGCUUCCUUACCCUCUUGCGAAAUUCCUGAUCUGGACCGGCCUCGUGCACCGGUUCUCUCCGUUCUUCCAGUACGGGCCUCGGAGCCUGACGGAGGUCGUGAACGGGCUGACGGAGAACAAGGACCUGAGAGCCGUGUUCUGCUACAUCUUUGGCACUUACGGCAACAUUCCCAAGGACGCUAGCUUCUCCAUGCAUAGCCUGUUGGUUUGCCACUACCUGAAUGGUGCUUGGUAUCCUAAAGGGGGCGCCAGUGAGAUUGCAUACCACAUGAUCCCCAUCAUCGAAAAGGCAGGAGGCGCUGUGCUCGUUAGGGCACCAGUCAACCGCAUCCUCCUUAACGAGGCAAAGGAAGCCAUUGGUGUGAGUGUUCUGAAGGGUCAGGAGGAAGUCCACAUACAUGCCCCCCUGGUGAUCUCUAAUGCGGGCAUCCUCAACACCUACCAGCAACUCCUUCCCAAAGAGGUCCAGGCCAUGCCAGCUAUUCAGAACCAGCUCAGCAUGGUGAAGAGCGGUGAAGGUGGCCUUAGCAUUUUCUUGGGUCUGGACGGAUCCAAAGAAGAACUCGGCCUCAAAGCUGACAACUACUGGAUCUUCUCUGAGAACAACCUGGAUGAACUGGUUGAAGAUUACAUGAACGGAAACAGGGAGGAGUCCGCCAAGAACGUUCCGCUGCUUUUCGUCGCCUCGCCCUCCGCCAAAGACCCCGCGUGGCAGGAGAGAAAUCCAGGCAAGUCCACCCUGAGUCUUGUCAGCUUUGCCAAUUACGCCUGGUUUGAAGAGUGGAAGGAUGAGAAGGUGACAAACAGAGGUGCCGACUACAAGAACCUGAAAGAAACCUUCAUUAACUCUGUUCUGGAUGUGGUGACACAAGUGUUCCCCAAGAUCAAGGACAGAAUUGAGUAUGUGGAUGCAGGCACUCCCAUCACAAACCAGCACUACAUUGGUGCCCCUAAAGGGGAAAUCUAUGGGGUUGACCAUGGCAAACAACGCUUUAGCCCGGAGUUCAACGCCACCAUCAGACCACAUACCCCCAUCAAAAACCUCCUCCUCACAGGCCAAGACGUAUUUUUGUGUGGUUUUGCCGGUGCUCUGGCCGGAGCACUGACCUGCGGUUCCGUCAUCCUGAACCGGAACCUUCAUCUCGACUCUAUCGCCCUAGCCAAGAAAAACAAAAACAUGAGCCUAAAGAAAGCGCAGUAACCAUCAGCCUGUACUACACCUUCAUUCAAAAACCAAAGUAACCAUAGUAACACAGUGACCUACCCAAUACCAGCUUCUCGUAUGAUAACAGGCGUCUCAGGACCUUUCACCAGGAGACAGAUUUCCGGGUUCUGACCUCAUGCCGUUGUUAUGCUUUGCUUUUAUUUGAUAACAUUAUGUUUUCUUUUUAAAAUUACAUAACGGAAGACGACAUAUAUUGUCAGCCACCGCUUGUGGCGGAGAAACUUAACGUUCAGGUGAAAAUAUUUUGCAAAUAUCAAGUUUCGAGCCGCCGUCAAUCUUUACGUCAGUGCGACUCUAGGGUAUGCAAAUUAAGACAACUAUUCAUCAGUGCGCAAGGUCACUGAUUAACAACAUACUCUACCAAAAAAAAAAAGGGGGGGGGGUGUGACCAAAUCGUGUGCUGGUCGACCACCAGAGAAAGUUAGUCUGGAGCCCUGCUCUUUUUCUGUCGUUCUAUGGAUUCCCUCAUUUUUUCCAGCCCCCCCCCCCCCCCCCAAUCAUUUCAUCUUUCCAUUGUCCCCCACGCGGCAAACCUGCUUGCUUACUGUAAACUUACCGUGAACACUCUGCACAACUCUCUGUUCUUCUGUUCAACACACGAGUCUCAGUGUAAAAUAUCCUCCAGCGUUCGUUCAGCACAGUCCUCGUGUCCCCGAGUUCCCUCUUUCCUGCCCUUCCUCCCAUUUACGUUAUUAAACUGCUAGACAAGGAUUAUUCUCCAGUAAAUCUAUUACGAGAAUGACUACUGUUACUGUAACUCCCACAAAUUUUGUAUAGUGACCUAGUUGCCUUGUUUACCUCUCUUUUCCCUCGUUUAAUCUGUGUCUUCAUCUCUUCGUCGUCACUGUUUCCGUUAUCUCACCUUUCCAUCCUUCCACCGCUGUCUUUCUGCCUCUCUCCUUCUUUCUAUCCACACACGUCUGAUCAUACACACGGUCGUCACAUAAAUCAGUCUACUAAGAGUUAUGCACUUCCCAGUUAUGCGACUGUGGCGUCCCCUACCUCCUCUUUUCUAAUAUUUCUAACUCGCCCACUGGUCGCAAACGGUACAGCCGGUACACGGUAUGCUUUUUAGAAUUUAAAUCGGUUCGGCGCCAUUAUUCAUAAUGUCAAAACCUCGUACUUGCAACAGAAGUUAUCACUGUGAGGGCUUGAGAGAGCUGUAACUGAAAUAAGCUUGUCUUUUUUUUAAAGACGUUAUAUUCUAGUUCAGUCUUGCCAUGCCAAGGAGUCACACGGGUGCCUUUUGACAGUGCUGAAAUCGUAUUGGGUCUGGAUCCUGUUUCAAUCUAUAACAUGGUUGUGAGAUACUACUGAGUCACAUGUCUCAUCGAGGACUGAUUCACACACCCCUCGUUCCAGUUUAAACCCAUAUUUGGAUCUGGGACAUCAGUGGUGUACACUCACACUAUUCAUAUAAAUUGAACUUCUCUCAGAAACAUAUCAGCAAAUGCACAUGGGCACUUGAUGGUUGCACCUCAUGGCUAUUGUUAAACGUCACUACUUUAUGUUGUGAAAUUACAAAUUAUGGUAACUGAUGAACUCUUCAUCUCAAUAGCUGCAAAUAGACGUUUUUCAAUUUUAGUCAGUUAUAAUUUUUUUUUUUCCGUUCCUCUAACUGAAAUAUGAGGGACUUGAGACAACUGACGUCUUCUCAGCUAUGUUCAUAUACACAGAAACCAGCUUAACUACACCAUAUUACAGCGUCCUGAGACACCGUACAUGAAGAGUUAUGAUGUAAUAUAUCUGUAUAUUUACCCUUUGGAAAAAUAACUGUUUUGCAGUGUUGUGUUUUGCUUAAUGAACUUAAACAAGACUAUCUUCACCAUUGGGAGAUCAGUGCAUUUACUUUAAUCAUGAAGGUUUGAAGGUGAAUUUCUCUACCGUCAUUUACAUUUAGCACUGUUGGAACUGUGUCGGGGAUGCAUGUAUUGCAUAUAGAAUGUAUGAAAUCUUGUUCAUUCAUGUCUAUUAUGGAAUUUUGUAGUAGUACUUUGGAAGACUGCACAGUUUUUAACAUUAAAAAAAAAAUAUUGAGAUA